AUGGCAUUGCGCUUCAUGAAUGGAAUCAACGCCAUCAUUUCUGUCUGCGACAAUCCGCAGCAGCUGAAGAUGCAGGUAGAGACGCUCGGCUUCCAGCAUCUCGACCUGGAAGUCACAGCUCCGCGUGUGGACAUCUUCCGCGAAGCGAUUCUGGAGCUGCUCGAGAUGGAGCUGGGACCGCGCUUCAGCUCGAAAGGACGCGUCGGCAUGGGAGUCGUCCUCAACUAUGUCGGUGGAGCAUACAUAUACAUCCGCCGCGAGUACGCGGGUCGUAUCAGAACCAUUCAGAGAAGCUGGGCGACUGCCAAUAACAAGGCGCAGCCACUGGCCUCGUUUUCAAGCAUCUCAUCCAGACAGUUGUGA